UGCCGGCAGCCAUGCGCUGAGGCAGCAGCCUGCGCCGCCACGCUCGUGACCCCCAAGGGCCUGGGCCUGCGCCCGCCAUGGCACCCCGGGGCCUGCAGCGCCCGCCCUGCCGCAGGGACGGGGGAGCGGGACCUGGUUGCCAUGGUUAUUGCGAGGCCUGAGGCCUAGGGGUGCCUCGUUGCCAUGGUUACCGCAGGCCUGAGGCCUCCAAGGCCUAUGGUGGCUCCCCCCCCCCCACCCCGGGCACAGGGCCAGGGCGGUGGCGGUGGCAGCGCUGCAUGGAGCCAGGGGCGAGCACCAGCGCUCGGUGCAGCCGUGGCUGUCAGCCCGGUGAAUGGGAGACCCCACACCAGCUCCCACCGAGCGGGGAGGUGCAGCCUCGCAGCCCCCCUCACCUGCCAUGGGGCCGCAGUGGGAGGAGGGUGUCCACACCGACAUGGAGACAGGGACCCGCCGUGGCCGGCGGAGCACGGUGACGCCGGUGUCCGGCAAGCACCCGGCCAAGCCCAGCACCCGCAGGGUCUCACCAAGAGGGUGCCGCGCCGUCCCCACCGUGCCAACCGGCACCAGGGCCGGGCCAGCCCCUGCGCUCGCCCCGCGACGGCGCGGUGCAUUGCCCCUGGAAAAUGCCAGAGCGGUCAAACUGUUGAGUCGUUUGUGCCCAAGAUUAUCUGUGCAAACAGCCCGAUUAUUUUUCUUUUUUUUUUAUUAUCAAUUUUUUUUUUCUUUUUCCCUAAGAAUGUGGCUCAGACCAUGGGGAUGAGCAGCUGAAAUCUCCGGGGAUCAGCGGGACAAUGCCAUCGCAAGCUUUGUGCUGACAACUCUGCAAACGCUGGCACCGGCUCCCGGCCAGCAGCACCCUAUAAAAGCCGAGCCGCUGAAGUAGGCAAACAUUACAUGGGUGAAGCAGCAGUACCGCCUGAGCUAGACACCGUUCCAGCAGCAAAGAUGGCUCAGACAAACCCUCUGCCUGUCCCCAUGGGCCCGUGGAAGAGCGUUCGGAGCAGAGGCCGGGAGAACUGCCAGCCACAGCCCUGCCACCCGCCCGUCCCAGAAUGGCUCCGCUCCUCUCUCCGGAUGGCACCGCUGCCCCGGGAACUGAUCUCCGCACGGAUCACCGUGUAUGACCAAGAAAACUUCCAGGGCAAGAGGAUGGAGUUCACGUCAGCUUGUCCAAACAUCAUGGAGUGCGGCUUCGACAACAUCCGCUCCCUGAAGGUGGAGUGUGGCGCCUGGGUCGGUUACGAGCACACAGGCUUCUGCGGGCAGCAGUUCAUCCUGGAGAGGGGAGAGUACCCGCGCUGGGACGCCUGGAGCGGCAGCAACGCCUACCACAUCGAGCGCCUGAUGUCCUUCCGCCCCGUCUGCUCCGCUAACCACAAGGAAUCCAAGAUAACCAUCUUCGAGAAAGACAACUUCAUUGGCCGCCAGUGGGAGAUAAGUGAUGACUACCCCUCGCUGCAGGCCAUGGGCUGGGCCAACAACGAAGUGGGCUCCAUGAAGAUCCAGUGCGGCGCCUGGGUCUGCUACCAGUAUCCUGGGUACCGUGGCUACCAGUACGUCCUGGAGUCCGACCACCACGGAGGAGACUACAAGCACUGGCGAGAGUGGGGUUCGCAUGCCCAGACCUCCCAGAUCCAAUCCAUCAGGCGUGUCCAGCAGUAGCUCCCCACUUUCCAGUACAUCUCUGCAAGGUUUCUAAAGCUCACCGGCUCCCUUUUGGUGCUAAUACUCCCCUCCCGAAAUAACCACCCCUUCUUGUACUGCAACUGCUUAUGGAACAACACUCCCAAACGGUACCAACUGCCACAAUUGCCAAUAAAUGUGACUGAAGGAAAAAGAUAAACCAGCUUGGUGGGUGUUUCCUGUUGUGUGUUCGGGACUGAAGCCACACAUCCCCAGCAGCAGGGACCGGACCCUCCCCUGCCCACUUUAAGCAGGACUGAAGCCCAGUGGGGCUCACACCGAGGCAAGUUCAGCCCCCGGCUGUCGCACGCACACACACAGCAGCCGAAUCCUUGGCUGCUGCAGCUCCGCAGCCGAGGGGCUUCCUCCCCUUCCCCUGCCAAGGCGAAGGACGCUCCCGGCCGCGCCAGCACCGGGCACCCGCACCGGGCACCCGCGUGUGCCGCGCUGCUCGUCGGCUUUGCGGCCGGCGCUGCCAGGCCUGAGGGACCGAGAAAGUCGGGUCGUCGGCCGCGCAGCAUCCCCAGGGCCGAGGGACGCUCCCUGAGAGCGCGAAAAAGAAAGUCACGCUGACACCCACAAACUUUAAAAUUUUUAUUCAACAAUUUACAUCACUUAUUGUCUGUCUUAACGUAUUCGAUCUACACAAAUUUCUUUUUUUUUUCCUGAUAAAAUAAUAAAAUUUGGAUAAAUUUUGAAGACCUGUUGGUGCAGAAUAAACAAAAUUUCAGGUAACUUUUUUUUUUUUUUUU